UUCAGUUGCUUAUUUACACGUCCAGAUACGGAGCAACAAAGUCGUUCAUCUUGGAGUCGUGUUUGUGUCCACCUAGCAAAUGUAUGUGUGCAUUGCUUGGAGUAGUAGCCCAACUGCUCUGGGUGUGUGUCAGACACACCCACUGAAAGCAUGAGACGGAGCAACAUGCUGAACCAUUUUCUCCCCUCUGAGGCGUAGAGAAGUCCCAUUGUUCCACUCUAACCUGCAAAGGUGAAGUUUGAAUUCUUCGCUCUAGACCUUGACUUGUCCACCACUUCACGGGGCGUGUGUCUGAUAACCACUGAUACUCGGAAAUGAAUGUGCGCUGUCACUCCGGGUCUGUCAGGUGUAGCAAUAAAAAUAAUAACUAUAAUAAUUAAACCAAUUAAUUAAUCAGGGUUCAGCUGCAUUUGCCAAAACUCUGGUGCGAACAUAUUUUGUUUAGAAAAACAAGUUAAACCUUCUCCUACAGUGCUAUUAUAGUUAACAAUGUUAGUAUGUCAUCUUUCCAGUGCUGCAACCUGCACCUACUACUACUACUACUACUGCACCUUACUGUUCAGAUGCUGCACAAAUCUGAUCAUUACCCACUCAUUAAGAUGUCAAACUUUUCUGUUUUUAUUCACACUUUACUGAUACACCUUUGUUAUUACGUAGCAUACAAAUCUAAAUUUCCAUAUUAUGUCUUAAAGAACAAUAAAAACAAGUACAAGCAAUGAUCCUGAUAUCCAGCCAUCGAGUAACUAGUCCGUCUACAUUCCAACACAAUCAUACAUGUGAAGACAGUGUGUGUUUUAUAACGUCCUGCCACGUCUUGUGUUGCAUGGAGCUGAUAACAGAGCUGUAUCAGGUUCAGAGGGCAUUUCUGUGAGAAAAAACCUCACUUAAAUGUCAGAAACUGCACAUCAACGCAUCAUGUUUCCAUAUCAUGCAUUUAAUAAAACACAUUUCUAUGAAAGCAGACUCAUGAAAAACUGCUGGAAGGAAAAAAGCUCUGAGAACAUAAAGGCAGAGCGAGUAGCGUGGAACAGGUCCGCCCGGUCUGCUCCUCUGCUGCCUUUGCUGAUGACACACCUGCUGGCCUGGGAGGAGCUGAGACAGGUGAACUCUCGCAAAAAGAGACAAGAAGGAGUGAGAGGAAACAGGAGAGGAGAGAGUGAGGUCUGAAGAAACACACUCGGGGACUCCGAUUACAACGAACAGGCCCGAGCAGUCUCCCAAGAUGUCGAACAAAAAGGAAUACAGUCCGGUAAAGAUCAACAAGACUCAGGCUACUGACCUUGCUGUGGUGAUCGCUCGCAUGCAGAAGAAUGCAGACCAGGUAGAGAAGAACAUCCUGUCAUCGGAGGAGCUGCUUGCUGUGGACACAAAGCGCGAUGGGAAGAACCAGGCCCUGAUCCACCAGAAGGAGAAUGCCUACAACCUGGGGCAGGCCGAGCAGCUGCUGAAGGAUCUCUUCAUGGACGUGGACAAGGCCAAGAGGCUGGGGCACCCGCAGGCCCACGAGAUAGAGAAAGAUGUGAAAAACCUCCAUGAUCGCUGGGUGAAGGACUGUGCCAUAUACAGGGAGCUGUAUGCCCAGGGGCUAGUUUUGGAGCCGAAACCAAAGAUCGACUGGGGUCCUCUGCUGGAUGAGAAACUGAAAGAGUUGAAGGCAGACGGAUACGGUCCCAACCUGACCGAUGUAGAGAAGCAGAUUGCAGAACAUAACAUCCUGCACCAGGAGAUCGAGGCCUACAACGCCCAGCUGACGCCCAGCUCCGCCGCUUCACAGGAGCAGUACGCCGCCUUCAAAGAGAGAUAUGCAAAACUUUACGAGAGCUCCCAGCAGAGACGCAUCCACUUGGCCUCUCUGUACGAGUACGUGCAGAGCUGCACCAAGGAGCUGGUCUACCUGUCAGGCCAGCAGGAGAGGGUCCUCCAGAGAGACUGGAGUGAUCGCAUGGUCGACCCCGCGGGAGUCCGCAUGGAGUAUGAGAAAUUCAAAAACAACGGACUGCUGGCACACGAGAGUGAGAUCAACAAGCUGCAGGAGGAAGGAGAUCAUCUCGCUGAAACGAGACACCCGGGCAGCUCAACAAUAAAGGCACACAGAGAUGCUGUGCAGGCUGAGUGGCAGGCCUUCCUCAACCUGUGUCUGGCACAGGAAUUACACCUGGACAACAUCGAAGACUACAGGAAGUUCCAGCUUGAUGCGGAGAUUUUGUCCGAGUCCCUGGAGAGACUCAGCGGCAACAUGGACCCAAAGUCUCUGGCCGACAAGAGCAACUCUGAGGUCCUGUUGGCGCUGGAGGGAGAUGAACCAGCAAUAAAGAGGAACGAGCAGCGCCUGGUUGCCCUCAAGGACUCCAGCAGCGGCGUCGUGCCUCUGAAGUUACGCCGAACGAGGUCCACCGUACCCACCACUGUAGUGUCCCUGUGUGACUGGGCAGAUAAAGAGGACGCAGUGAGGCGUGGUGAGGAGUUAAUCCUGAAGUCCAACUCUGAUAAUAGGAACUGGGAGCUUCAGAGCAGCGGUGGGCAGACCAGGACCCUCCCUGGGGCGUGUUUCAUGAUCCCUCCACCUGAUGCUGAGGCGCUGGAUAAAGUAAACAGUCUCAACAGAGCGCUGACGGAUCUAAAGAGCCGUAGAUCUGCACUAAUGACCUCUUUGAAGAACCCCACUGUGGAGGUGGUCCGUCCUCAGAAGGCAGCUACCGUUCGAAGUGCUCCAGAGGAUCCCAGAGCUGCAGAUCUGGUCAGUGAAUUAGACCGGAUCAACAGAGCCCUGGAGCGGAGUGAAAAAGAAAUCCUGAGUCGACUCAGAACCCCGCUAGACAAUCGCAGCCCCACUGAGGACCUGGCGAACAGGCUGCAAGAGCACGAGAGAUCUGCUCUGACUGUGAGAAAGCUGGAGUCAGAGAAGUCUGCGGUCCAGAGAGAGAUGGAGUCCAUUCUGGCCAACAAACCCCUGGGACCCAACACCUCCACCCUGCCCAUCAAACUCAGCGCUGCCAACAACAAGAUUGAUGACAUCAACACUCUCCUCGACCUUUAUAAUCAAAAAGCUACAGCCUCCAUGUACCUGGAGAAGCGGAAGCAGAACGUGGAAGGCAUCGUCUCUGGGUUUGAGGAGAAGCUGGCUAAAGAUGGCGCCAUUCUUGAUCAACCCAACGCCCUCCAGAGUCGCAACCAGCAGCUGCAGCUUAUGCGUAAAGAUGUCGUCUCAAAGAAGGAUGAGUUGACUAAAUUAGGCAGAGACUUGGACCUGACAGAGCAGGCAUGCAGCUCCUUGAAGCGGGGUUUCAAUGAAUACUGUCCAGACAUCGGCCGCCAGGAGAAUGAGGUGAAACAGCUGAAGAACCGUUACACCAAUGUCAAUAAUCAGCUCCAGGAAAGGUCUGGUCUCAUACAAGAAGCAACCAGUAAAAACCAAGAUUUCAAGAAUGCUGUUCAGUCACUGGAUUUCUUCUUGGUCAAUUUGCCCAAUAAUGCGAUCAAACCUACAGAUGAUGUGGCGCAGAUAGCAGCCAAGCAGAGCUCUCAGAAGAAAGUGAUGGAGGACAUCAAGAAGAAAUCCGGGGAUUUAGACAGAGUCAGGUAUCUUUCCCGUGAUCUGCAGGGCGUCCUGAAUGAGUACGGCGUUAAGUCAAACAUUUACUGUGGCACUCUGAAUGAUGACGAUGACGACGACGACGAUGAUGAUGAUGACGAAGAUGAUAGACCAGUCCUAAAGAAACGUCAUACUUCAACUAUGGCUCAGGCUGUACAGAGAAAGGAACAAGAUCUAGUGAACCUUUUCUCUGAGGUGUCUGCAGAAAACAACCAGCUGCACAGCCAGUUGGGGACAGCGAAGAACAUCAAGACCAUGAAUGAAGACAAAGUUAGUCGGGUGGUGGUCAAUCAGCAGCUUCAGCUACAGAGCCAGAGGAAGGACAUAGAGGAGAGUGGUGGUCUGAAAACAGAAUUAAGUGAGGAGGUUGAGAGGCGCUUACAUGCUGAAAGAGACCUGGAAACAUACCGUAAGAGGUUUGUGUCUCUUAAGAAUAGGAGAGGAGUGGAGAGGAUGGAGGAGAAGGAGGUGGUGCAAUACUACCGUGACCCCACACUGGAGGUGGAACUAAAGUCCUUCAGAAAUCGGAUCCAGGAUGAAACAGUGAAGAGGACAAGAACCAAUUCAGAGAUAGAAAUUAUAAGAGAGAGGAUUAUCAAAUUGGAAACAGAGCUGAUCAAAGUCGAACCAAAACUGAUCAACAGGGUACUGACAGAAUACGAGAGAGACCCGCAGCUUGACAAAGAAGCCACCAGGAUCAGAGAUGAGAUGCACAGGAUACGACUCGAGCACCAAACAAGAGAUACUGAGACUGUUCACGUGAAAACAGAGCUCACGGUUCUGUCUCAGCAGAAACAAAGAAUCAAGGAGACGAUUGUUAAGAAAGAAGUGGUGAGGCUUGAAAAGGAUCCGGAGAUGCUGAAAGCGGUUCUCACGUUCCAGAGCGAUAUCUCGGGGGAGCAGCUCCAUUGCAAGUCGCUAAACGAUAGCAUUUUUAGCACGAGGAGUCAGAUAAACACUCUAGAAAGGGUAAUUCCCACCAUCCAACCCAAGAUAGUCACCAAGGUGGUGAAGCAAGUACAGCAAGAUCCAGAAAUGCAGGAAGAGUCGAAGAAACUGCGAAUGGCCUUGGAGGAGGAGAAAGACGAGAAUGUCAUCUUGAUGAAGGACCUGACCACCCUUCAGCUACGUUAUAGUGAGGUGGACAAGAUCAGGGCCAAAGUCGAGGUCAAGGAGAUCAUCAAUGAGAUCUACAGAGUUGAUCCGGAGACAGAACUCGAGCUGGUGCGUCUGAGGAAAGAGCUGCAUGAUUUCAGCCGCAACCGCACAGACCUGGAGAGAGAAAUCAAGACAAUCACAACGACUCUGACUACCCUGCGCGCUCAGAAACCCAAAGUGGAGUACAAGGAAGUGACCCAGGAGGUGAUCAUAGAAGAGAAAAGCCCAGAGGUAACCAGGGAAUUGCAAAGGCUGAACAACCAAGAUGCCCGUCUGCAAGUCAACUAUGACACCACCCUGGAGCUGCUGAUGCGCCUGCGUAAAGAAAGAGACGAGCUGAAAGCUGAGAAAUCCAAGGUGCAGACCACUAUUGUCAAUAAACAGCUCAUCAAAUAUGAGAACGAUCCUCUUAUUGAGAAAGAGGCUGACAGACUUCGGAGGAAUGUAAGAGAGGAGAUCCACCAGCGCCGCAGUGUGGAGGAGUGUGUCUUUGACCUCCAGAACCAAUACAUUGUCCUUGAAAGGCAGAAGCCAGAGGAAAAGAUCGUCAUGCAGGAAGUGGUGCGUCUUCAGAAGGACCCCAGGCAGAUACUAGAGCAUGAGAAGUUGAACAAGAACAUGGACGAUGAACUGAAAGGCCGCAGGAAGAUCGAAUUAGAGGUCAGACAGCUAAGAGCCCUGAUUCAAGACAAAGAGAGUACCCUGGCUCAGAUGGACGAACGUCAGAAGAAGAUUCAAGUAGAGUCAGAGCUCAGGCAGAUCAAAUCACGCAUUCUUGAAUUGGAGAAUUCUCCGGCGCCCGUUGAGGAAAGGAUUGUCAUCGAGGAGGUCCUGAAAGUGGAGAGGGACCCUAAGCUGGAGAAACUUACUGAUGGUAUACGUGUCGACUUCGAGACUGAGAGCACCAAUAUCAGUCGUCUAGACAGAGAAAUCCGCAACCUGAGGCUCAAGUUGGAACUUCUGCAAAAGGAGAAGUCAAUUGAGAAGGUUGUUUACAGAGAAGUUGUUCGUGUCGAGAAAGACCCGCAGGUGGAGGCUGAAAGGGACCAUCUAAGAGAGCUCGUAAUGCAGGAGAGAAACCUCAGGCGUGACCAGGAGGAUCACACUCAGAACAUCCAACUCAAAAUUACCCACAUUCAGACGUCGCAGUCUAUGUCCUCUCAGGAGGAGAUUACUUACGUCACCAACAGAGACGCUCUGCAGAGAGAGAAGGAGGAUCUGCUCAGACAGCUCAAAAUGCUUGAGAGUGAAAGACAGAACAUCAGCAUAACCUUCCAGCAACAGUCCAAGCUGAUGAGUGAGAGAAACCAGAUGGGGCGGCAGAGGAGCCUUAAGAGUUCCUCUGAAAUACAGCGGAUGGAGAAAGAAAUCCUCAAUGAAAAAGACAAAAUACACCAGAGAGACGCGCUCAUCAUCGAGCUGCAGAACAGCGUCCAGAAAGAGGACCACUCUGAAACUCACACCAGGGAGACAAAUCUUUCCACGAGGAUCAGUAUCCUGGAUCCAGAAACCGGUAGAGACAUGUCUCCCUAUGAUGCCUACGUGCAGGGGCUAAUUGAUCGCAACCACUACAUUCACCUGUCGGAGUUGGAGUGCGACUGGGAGGAAAUCACCUCAACUGGUCCAGAUGGGGAUACAACAAUUCUGCAGGAUCGCAAAAGUGGGAAUCAGUACUCUAUCAAGAAUGCACUGAGGGAUGGUCGCCUGACCCAGUAUGAUGUGACGCGCUACAAAGAAGGGAAAAUAUCCAUUUCUGAGUUUGCCCUCCUUGUUGCAGGGGAAACCAGAAAGCCCAUCGUUCCUCCAAUACCAGUCCCAAGAACACCCACCAAACCACCCCCAGCCUCUCCCUUGAGCUCCAUGCCAUCCUCCCUGAGGACCUCCUACACCAGCCUCAACUCUCACCAGAGUGGCAGUAUGACCAACCUCAGUGCUUCACCCGGUGAUGAGCAUUUCCCCAUCUCUGGUAUUUUAGACACCACCACUGAAAGCCGCAUGUCUGUGAGAAGCGCCCUGACCCGCAAACUCCUCGAUCCCGACACAGCCCUGAAGCUGCUGGAGGCACAAGCAGCCUCCGGGGGAAUCGUCGAUCUCACCAAGAAGGACAAACUGUCCGUCCACAAGGCAGCUGAGCGUGGCCUCAUUGACUCGAGUGACAUGUACAAGCUUCUGAACGCUCAGAAGGCCUUCACUGGAGUCGAGGACCCCAUUACCAAAGACCGUCUCGCAGUGGGAGAGGCUGCAAAGAAAGGGUACAUUCCCGCAGAAAAUGCCAGGAGGUACAUGGAGGCGCAGUACCUGACCGGUGGGUUUGUGAAUCCCGCUAAACCAGGCCGCCUCAGUCUCGACGAAGCUCUCGCCAGUGAUAUUAUUGACAGCGCAACAGCUGAGGAGCUGCGAGACGAGGCGUCCCACACAAAAGAGCUGACAGACCCCAUCACUAAAGAGAAGAUAUCAUACAAGCAGGCGAUGGAUCGGUGUAAGAGAGACGUCAGCACGGGGCUCCUGCUGCUUCCUGCAACCUCUACUGAUGCCGCAAAUGCCCCAUCAUACUCAAACUAUCGUUUCAAUUCCUCCUACAGCAAAGUCUAGAUGUGAAGUUUAAGAAUUUUUUUUAUUUGCCGCAACCACUGGUGCUAGAGGGUGUGUGUGAUAAUGCUAACGGAUCCGCGUGAAGUUAAAAAGGAAAAAUUGGUUUGUUCGUACACUGCAUACUACAUUUUUGGUGAAACUGUUUAUGUGGAUCUGCUUUUUUACAGUGCUAUUUUUGGGUCUGCUGUAAAAAAUGAGGGUGAUGUUUGUUUUAUAUGGUAAAUUGUUUUUUCAGCACUGUCAAGCUAAAUCCUUUCCUAAGUGCUCAUUAAACUCCACAAGCUUCACAUUCA